AUGUCUAGUCGUUCACAAGAUAAACAUCCAGAACAACAACGUUCCCAAGAAAUUAAGUUUCAAACUUAUAACAACAAUAUUCAACAACAACAACUAUUAACACAAAGAUCUGUGCAAUCAACUCAAACAAGUAGUUCAUCAUCUUUGAAUAAUGAAACGAAUGAACGAUAUUUAAGUCAACAAAUUCGUACAACACAAGUGACUGUCAAUUUGAUUGAUUGUAUGGAAUGUUACGUACGAACUCCACGUUGUACGUUUGAACAACAAGCAGCCGAUUAUAAUGGAAGCCCGAACAAAGAUAUGGUUCAACAAGUACAAGAAUUUCGUCAAGAACAAGAACAAGCUUCACCAAUUCAAAAAAAUGACGGAAGAAAUGAAACUGUUGAAAAAAAAGAAGAUGGAAGAAAUGAUAAUUUAAUUCAUUAUUUCAAUGAUGAGGAUGCAAUGAUGAGUCUUCUCAUUGUUGAUUUACCAUGGUCACAAACUUCACAAUACAAUUCCGCAAAUGAUGAGCACCCCGAUUCAAUUGAAGAAGUUUUUAUGUUGCUUCUGCAGAAUCAAGACACUUCUGAAGAUGAAUUUAUUCAGUUUUUGAAAGAUCAUAUUGAUUAUUUAAAUAUUGAAGAAAAUUUUUCUGAACUUCUACAUAGUAUUUUUCGUAAUAUAAGUGUAAACGAUUCACUGUUUGGUGUUAGUAAUCAAAUGGAAGAUCAUCAUGCAAUGAUUGAUGAUAACGAUGAAGAUUUAUAUGUAGAUUAUUUGGUUGACGAUUAUAAUGUCGGCGAAAAUGAUAUGGAUGCAAAUGAUGAAUAUCAAGUAUAG